AUGUCUCCUUCUACUAUUGUAGAAGAUUCUACAACUACCGAUACUAUUGAACAAUUAAAAAAUGAAAAUAAUGCAAAGACUAACGAGUAUGAACAUUUAACUAACGUUAAAAUUGUUCAACAAAAACCAAUUGAUCAAAGAUUACAACCAUCUUUACAAAAUCAUUAUUCUCCACAUAUUUCAGAUUUCGAUAAUUAUAAAAUUUUACAUAAACAAUCAAUUGAAGACCCAACUACUUUUUAUAGUGAAAAAGCUCAUCAAUUUUUAAAUUGGUUUAAAGAUUUCGAUCAAGUAUUUUUACCAGAUCCAAAGACAAAUUUACCAUCUUUUGAAAAUAAUGCUUGGUUUUUAAAUGGUACCAUUAAUGCUUGUUAUAACUGUGUUGAUAGACAUGCUUUGAAAAAUCCAAAUAAAGUUGCUCUAAUUUAUGAAGCUGAUGAACCUGGUCAAUCAGUUAAUAUUACUUACAAAGAAUUAUUAGAAAAAGUUUGUCAAGUUGCACAAGUCUUAAAAUAUUCAAUGAAUGUUCAAAAAGGUGACACUGUUGCAGUUUAUAUGCCAAUGAUUCCACAAGCAAUUAUUACACUAUUAGCAAUUGUAAGAAUUGGUGCAAUUCAUUCUGUAGUAUUCGCCGGAUUUUCAUCAAAUUCUUUAAGAGAUCGUAUUAAUGAUGGUAAUUCAAAAGUUGUUAUUACUACUGAUGAAUCCUUAAGAGGUGGUAAAAUUAUCGAAACUAAACGUAUUGUUGAUGAUGCUUUAAAAGAAACUCCUCAAGUUACUAACGUUUUGGUUUAUAAACGUACUAAUAAUACUAAUGUUGCUUAUUCAUCAAAAGAUUUAGAUUGGGAUACUGAAGUUAAAAAAUAUAAAACUUAUUUCCCUUGCGAACCUGUUGAUUCUGAACAUCCUUUAUUCUUAUUAUAUACUUCAGGUUCAACUGGUACUCCAAAAGGUGUUCAACAUUCAACAGCUGGUUAUUUAUUAAAUGCUUUAUUGACAAUGCGUUAUACUUUUGAUACUCAUCAAGAAGAUGUCUUUUUCACCGCAGGUGAUAUUGGUUGGAUUACAGGUCAUACUUAUGUGGUUUAUGGUCCUUUAUCAUAUGGUUGUACUUCUGUUAUCUUUGAAGGUACUCCAGCUUAUCCAAAUUUUUCACGUUAUUGGGAUAUAAUUGAUCAACAUAAAGUUACUCAAUUUUAUGUCGCACCAACUGCUUUACGUUUAUUGAAAAGAGCUGGAGAUGAAUUUAUUGAACCAUAUAAAUUAGAUUCUUUAAGAUCCUUAGGUUCUGUUGGUGAACCAAUCGCUGCUGAAGUUUGGGAAUGGUAUUCUGAAAAGAUUGGUAGAAAUGAUAUUCCAAUUGUUGAUACUUAUUGGCAAACUGAAUCUGGUAGUCAUCUAGUGACUCCUUUGGCUGGUGGUGUAACUCCAAUGAAACCUGGUUCAGCUUCUUUCCCAUUCUUUGGUAUUGAUGCAGUUAUAUUAGAUCCAACUACUGGCGAGGAAAUUACUACUCCUCAUGCUGAAGGUGUCCUUGCAAUUAAACGUGCUUGGCCAUCUUUUGCAAGAACUAUUUGGAAAAAUCACGAUAGAUACCUUGACACAUAUUUGAACCCAUACCCAGGUUAUUAUUUCACUGGUGAUGGUGCUGCAAGGGAUAAAGAUGGUUAUAUUUGGAUCUUAGGUCGUGUUGAUGAUGUUGUUAACGUCUCAGGUCAUCGUCUAUCUACUGCAGAAAUUGAAGCAGCUUUAAUUGAAGAUUCAAUCGUUGCUGAAUGUGCCGUUGUUGGAUUCAAUGAUGAUUUAACAGGUCAAGCUGUUGCAGCCUUUGUUGUCUUAAAGAAUAAGACAAGUUGGAAUAGUGCUUCAGAAGAAGAAUUACAAGAUAUUAAAAAACAUUUAAUUUUAACUGUUAGAAAAGAUAUUGGUCCAUUUGCUGCACCAAAAUUAAUUGUCUUAGUUGAUGAUUUACCAAAAACUAGAUCAGGUAAGAUUAUGAGACGUAUCUUAAGAAAGAUCCUUGCAGGUGAAUCUGAUCAAUUAGGUGAUGUCACUACACUUUCCAACCCAGGCGUCGUCAGACAUUUAAUUGAUUCCGUCAAAUUAUGA